CAGUCCACGGAGGCCUCAGAUGAUGUCAUCAUACGCAUCCGCGCUGCAUACUUCAAAGAAGAGGCGUUCGAAAAUGCAAACAUUUGCCACCUCAAGCGCCAGGAAAAUCAGAAUGGAAUCGGUAUCUACGCAAGUUUCUUCUUCUUGAACACUAUGUUGUGGUUGUACUAACUUCCAUGGGUAAUACUACAUAACAGACCUCGAAGAGCCGUCUUCCUGGCCAGGAUAACAAAGAUCAGCUCAUGUUUGAUGUCACAUUGACUUUACCCGCCAGCGCGAGCGAGGAUGCCCUCUACAUCAAGAAUUUAGAGACCUCUGCGCCUCUUUUCCGCCACGAGGUCGCGGCUUUAUCGGACACUGUUUUCUUUGGUAGUAUUUCCUUAAAUACCUUGAAUUUUCCGAUCAACGUCCAGUCUGUAGCAGCCGAAACAGGGGUCUUCACCACUGCUAACGGGCCUAUCAAAGGACACUUUCAUUCGACGUCAUCUCUCAAACUCAUCACGACCAACAUGAACAUCGACGCAGAUGUUGACCUAUUUCACAACGAAUCUGCGAAGCCAUCUGAUUUGGUCAUGACAACCGCAAAUGCGCCCAUUAACGCACGUGUAUCUUUGACUACUGCCUCAGGAUAUGGCGGAGAAUUCGGAGUUGAUACACAGACCGCGAACGCCCCGUUUACACUCACAUAUGUCAACUCGCCAGUUUAUUCUCAGCUCAAUAGUAAGGCAAAAACCGCGAAUGCUCCGGCAACUGUACACCUGCAUAGCGCAUUCGAAGGCUCUUUCUCUAUAUCUUCUUCAUUCCUCGGGCCCUCCCUUGAGCAGCAUAGAGUCGAGGACCCCACGGGCAAAGGACGUGAACGCCACGUCACUACAUCCCGCAGCAGGGGAAACAUUCAAGGCUCUGUGCGCUGGGUUGAUGCCGAACAUAAUGGAGGCGGAACUGGCCUUGUUCAAGUAUCGACGACGCUAUCGCCUGCUAGGUUGAUCUUGUAAAACAUGGUGUUUUGAUUGGAAGGGGAUGGAUCAGAUUCUUCAAGAUUCUUUUGUCUUAGACCCGUUUUGUCCCCCUAGCUGUAAUUAUGAUUGGUUGCGAGGUCGUCAUGUCAAUUGGUGUCACUAUAUCGACAAAGACAAAGCUAGACAAAGCUAGCAAAAUACUGUGUAAACAGCUAGCUUAAGCUGCCCAUUCAAACU